UAUCUUGUGAAUCUUGUCCAACAAGAAAAAGCGAAUUCAUUUUUCGGAACACAAACCCCAAACUCUCAAAACGACGCUCCCACAAAAAAAAAAAACCCACGCAAGUUAAAACUCGUGUUGACACAAAAAAUCCAGUAACAAAAAAUAAUGAUUUCCGUCGCUAUCCCUCCACCGUCAUCACCGGACGAUUCAUCAUCACCACCACCACCACCACCACCAUCGUCAUCAAUCCUCAUCCCCGGCCUCCCAAACGAAGUUUCAAGAACGAUCCUCUCCAUCGUACCUUACGCUCAUCACGCUCGUCUCAAAUCAACUUCCAAAUCAUGGAAAUCCGCACUUUCAUCAAAAUCAUUUCUCAACACACUCUUAGGUCAAAAUCGUAACAAUCUUAUCUGUAUCUUCCCUCAAGAUCCUUCAAUCGCUUCGCCUUAUCUCUUCGACGUUAACGCCGUUGCUUGGUGCCCACUUCCUCCUAUGCCAUGUAACCCUCACGUUUACGGUUUAUGUAACUUCGCCGCCGUUCCGUUUGGUCCUCACAUUUACAUCAUCGGCGGGUCCCUUUUCGAUACUCGCUCUUUCCCGAUUAAUCGUCCGUCGUCUUCUUCCUCAACUUUCCGUUUCAAUUUCCGUGAUUUCUCAUGGGAGAAUCGUGCUCCGAUGAUCUCCCCUCGUGGAAGUUUCGCGUACGCCGUCGUUCCUUCCUCUGGUAAUAUUGUGGUUGCUGGAGGUGGAUCGCGGCAUACGGUUUUUGCUGCGGCGGGAUCUCGGAUUCGGGCUGUGGAGCGUUAUGAUGUGGUGGAGGAUCAGUGGGAAGAAUUGGAUCCUCUUCCGUGUUUUCGGGCUGGGUGUGUUGGGUUUAUGGAGAGGGAAGGGGAGGAGUUUUGGGUUGUUGGUGGUUAUAGUGCUUCCAGGACGGUUUCGGGGGUUUUUCCGGUGGAUGAGUAUUGUAGAGACGCGGCGGUGAUGGGAUUGGAGGAUGGUGCGUGGCGGGAGGUUGGGGAUACGUGGGGUGAUGGCGAGAAUGUUAGGGCUGGGAAGAUUGUUGUUGGUGAUGAUAGUGGCUCUCCUUUGGUGUUCAUGCUUGAUGGGAAUGAGAUUUUCAGAUAUGACAUGUCUUCAAAUCAUUGGGAAUACGAGUCUCGUGUGCCACCGAAAAAAGCUCCCCUUGGUUCAGCUUUUGGCAUCGUCGUAGUUUCUGGCGAGGUGUAUGUAUUGUCGCAUUUGUAUGAUGAUGAUUUUGCAGAAACUCGAAGGUCCAGACCCUAUAAAAAGACAGGAACCAUGUGCUUUCAAAUCUAUAAUCCGAAAAAGAAGACGUGGAGAACACUAGUCACAAAGUCGCCUUUCACUCGCCAUAUCGAUAUAACUAGUGCUGUAUUGAGCUCAAUUCGACUGUGAAUUAUAGUGCAUCUUAUUUUUAUGUAUAGUUUAGGCAUCUGCCAACAUAAUAUCAUUUGACCACUGGGUUCCAUGCAGGUGGCUUAUAUUUGUAUAUUUAUGUGUUUAGUGCAUCACCUGACUUGAUCAUCAGGGUAUAGUUUAUAGGAAUUUGCAUAUUUAUCAGCUGUUACUAAAGUGUGUUAAACCUGAAAGUAUUGAAUAUAUUGUAAUGGAUAUAGAAAUGAUUGUAGCUUGCAAAUUACUACUUGACCUUAAACUUUUGAGAUAAAUUAGUUGUGAAUGUAGUUCUACAUGGUA